CAAAAAGUAUCUGUUGCUAAAAUGAAAACAUUCGUUCUUUUUCGUUGGAAUUGUUUAAUUUUUUAAUUUAACAGAAAAAUAAAAAACAAGUUUAAUUUAUUACAUAAAAAGUCUUAUUUCAUAACCAACGCAUACAGAGAAGAAACCUUCUGCCUUCUUUGCCUUCUCCACCUCCGUUUCUCUCUCUACAGUUUCCACAAUUUUCUGUCUUGCAAAGCUGUUUCAAUGGCGACCUCAUUUUCUAUUCAUUAAUGCCACAACCCUCGCCAGAGAAAACAUCCUCCUCGCGUAGGAUCGAGAAACCGAAACCACAGAAUCAUGGGUCUCUGUUUCUCCUCCGCCAAAGUCUCCGGCCGCCCCAACCGCAGCCCCCGGAAUCCAAUUCCACAUCCUCCUCUCCCCGUGGCUAAACACAGACCGUCGCAAACGCCGUGUUCGUUCAUGGCCGUUACGAUCCAAAAAGACCACAGGACCCAAACGCGACGCCCCGCGAACGCGGCUAAGAAAACGCAAACGCGACAGACGCCACCGCACGGGAGAGCGAGAGAGAAGGCUGGCAACAACAAUAAUAAUAAUAACAACGGGAAGAGACAAGGAGAAGCGAUCCCUUACGGUAAGCGCGUAGAUUUUGGGUACGCUAAAGAUUUCGAUAACCGUUACAUCAUCGGAAAAUUGCUCGGACAUGGCCAAUUCGGUUAUACUUAUGUCGCUACCGAUAAAAAAACCGGAGAUCGUGUCGCCGUCAAGAAAAUCGACAAGGCUAAGAUGACAAUUCCGAUAGCUGUGGAAGAUGUAAAGAGAGAGGUGAAGAUACUUCAAGCUUUAACCGGUCAUGAAAACGUGGUUCGGUUUUACAAUGCCUUUGAGGACAAGAACUCUGUUUAUAUAGUCAUGGAGUUAUGCGAGGGUGGUGAAUUGCUGGAUCGGAUAUUAGCCAAGAAAGAUAGCCGUUAUAGUGAAAGAGACGCGGCUGUGGUAGUGAGACAGAUGCUGAAAGUUGCGGCUGAGUGUCACUUGCGCGGUUUGGUUCACCGCGAUAUGAAACCAGAGAACUUUCUGUUCAAAUCAACUGAAGAAGAUUCGGCUCUAAAAGCUACAGAUUUCGGUUUAUCAGACUUCAUAAAACCAGGGAAGAAGUUUCAUGAUAUCGUAGGGAGUGCGUAUUACGUAGCACCUGAAGUGUUGAAACGUAGGUCGGGUCCUGAAUCAGAUGUGUGGAGUAUCGGUGUGAUCAGUUACAUUCUUCUCUGCGGGAGACGACCUUUCUGGGAUAAGACUGAAGAUGGUAUCUUCAAGGAGGUCUUGAGGAACAAACCUGAUUUCAGAAGAAAACCGUGGCCAAGCAUUAGCAACAGCGCCAAAGAUUUCGUUAAGAAGUUGUUGGUCAAAGACCCCAGAGCUAGAUUAACAGCUGCUCAGGCUCUAUCACAUCCAUGGGUUAGAGAAGGAGGAGAUGCAACUGAGAUUCCCAUAGACAUAUCUGUUCUCAACAACAUGCGUCAGUUUGUGAAAUUCAGCCGCCUCAAGCAAUUCGCCUUAAGGGCUCUUGCAACGACGCUUGAUGAAGAAGAGUUGGCUGAUCUUAGAGACCAGUUUGAUGCGAUUGAUGUUGAUAAGAAUGGCGCCAUUAGCCUUGAAGAGAUGAGGCAGGCUCUUGCGAAAGAUCAUCCUUGGAAGCUUAAGGAUGCACGAGUUGCAGAGAUUCUUCAAGCGAUUGAUAGCAACACAGAUGGAUUUGUAGAUUUCGAAGAGUUUGUUGCUGCUGCGUUACACGUAAACCAAUUAGAGGAGCAUGAUUCUGAGAAGUGGCAACAGAGAUCAAGAGCAGCAUUUGAGAAAUUCGACAUAGACGGAGAUGGAUUUAUAACAGCAGAGGAGCUUCGAAUGCAUACUGGGUUAAAAGGCUCUAUUGAGCCACUUCUUGAAGAAGCAGACAUUGAUAAUGAUGGUAAAAUCAGUCUCCAAGAGUUUCGUAGACUUUUGAGAACUGCAAGUAUCAAAUCAAGAAAUGUUAGAAACCCUCCUGGUUAUCUUAUUUCUCGGAAGGUCUAAAUAUUGGAGUGUCAAAACCAAGAAAGUUUUUGUAAUUUUUUGGUAUCCCUAUUGUAGAAAAAAAGAAGAAAAAAAAAGAAGAAAAUGUUUUCAUGUGUUGUUGUAACAUAUGUUUUCAUAAGAUUUUAUAACCAAUGACAAAGAAAUCGAUAUUCAUACAGCCAAAUUAGUGAAAUGAGGUUAUAAAAUGCAUUGCAUUUAGCUCAUAAGCAGACAUAUAUAAUAAUAA